AUGAAAAUCUAUCACCUGAUGAAUAUUUCCCAAUAUUUGCUCCUUUUGUUGUGCUUGUUGGGUGAUACUGGACUUGCAAGCACGGGUAUAAAAGUGAAACCAAUAUGCAUUGAGGAAGAAAGGAAAGCACUUUUGAGCUUUAAACAAGAUCUUAAUGAUACGUCUGGUAGGCUUUCUUCUUGGGUGGGUCAUGAUUGUUGCCGCUGGGAAGGGAUUUCAUGCAACAACCGCACCAGUCAUGUUGCCGAGAUGGAUCUCCGGAAUACAUAUGACAAGUCCACGGCUGUUGAAGAGUGGGACGAGUUGGCUUAUAGCCAGUCUCGCUUGGGGGGUAAGAUAAAUCCUUCUUUGCUUAGCUUGAAACACUUGCAUUACCUGGACUUAAGUUUGAAUAAUUUUGAAGGGAUCCAAAUUCCUAAGUUCUUUGGGGAGCUUAAAUCUCUGAGGUAUCUCAAUAUCUCCUUUGCACAGUUUACAGGAGAGAUUCCCUCUUCUCUUGGAAACUUGUCAAACUUGAACUAUCUUGAUGUCGGUUUUUCUUCAUCCAAAAUAUAUUCCAAAAACUUGAAUUGGCUUUCUCAUCUCUCUUCCCUAAAAUACCUCAAUCUCAAUGAAGUGAAUCUUAGUAGCAGCACAGGUUGGCUGCAUGCUGUUAACAUGCUUCCUUCCUUAGAGUCACUAGAUUUGUCUGGUUGUGAGUUGGAAGGCCAAUUGCCGGCCUCCUUCGGAAUGUUAAAAAGUUUGCAGUACUUGGACCUCUCUUUUAAUCACAUGAACGGGUCCAUUCCACAAAGUCUAGGACAACUCUCCGAGCUAGUUGAACUCAAUCUGUCUUUCAAUUCAUGGGAAGGUAUUCUAACGGAAGCCCAUUUCAUUAAUCUCACCAAAUUGAAAAGUCUUUCAAUAGGUAACAAUCUUGAUGACAUAGAGAAGCCCAUGUCCCUCGUUUUCAACUUGUCUCAUGAUUGGGUUCCUUCUUUCAAGCUCCACACAAUUGUGAUUAGAAACUACAAAGUAGGUCCUGGUUUUCCUGUAUGGCUUCAAUCUCAGACUGAACUAGUACAGGUUGUCCUUCGUAGAACUGGAAUAUCAGAUUCUAUACCAGAGGAAUGGUUGUUGAAGCUAUCUUCCCAACUAGAAUACCUGGAUUUAUCUCAUAACCAAUUCCGAGGAAGGCUUUCAUCCAACCAAUUGAUGAGAUUUCCGAAGUUACGUUUAUUAAAUUUGGCUCAUAAUCAAUUUGAGGGCCCACUCCCACUUUGGUCCACUAAUGCAUCUUACUUUGAUCUUGAAAGCAAUUUAUUUUACGGGCCAAUUUCCUCCAAUUUUGACAAACUAAUGCCCAAAUUGGAAGAAUUGUAUAUUUCGGAAAAUCAUUUGAAUGGUACAAUUCCACCUUCUAUUUGCAACAUGCAAAACCUAACAAUCCUUUCCCUGAGGAGCAAUCAUUUUUUUGGAGAAUUCCCCCACACUUGGAGUUCGUGGAGCCAGAUAACCAUUGUAGAUGCUGCCUACAACAAUCUCUCUGGUAAUAUUCCCACUUCAAUGGGAAUAUUAAGUUCUCUUGAAAUAUUGAAGCUCAACAACAACAAUUUUGGCGAUAAGAUUCCCGAUUCUUUGCACAAUUGCUCUGCUUUGAAAAUUAUCGAUCUUGGAGGCAACAAAUUAUCUGGGAGCAUACCUCCAUGGAUAGGAGGAUCAAAUGUAUCCAUGUUGUGCAUGCUACGAUUGCAAUCCAACUUUUUCACUGGACAUAUUCCCCGACAAUUGUGCAAUCUUGGCUACCUUCACAUCCUCGACCUCAGCCACAACAACUUUUCAGGUACUAUUCCCACAUGCUUCAAUAAUUUGACUUCUCUCAUCCAUAAUGUUUCCGAUAUAUACAACAACUACUAUCUUCCACAAACCAUGGUGAUAUUAAAAGGACAAGAACGCGUUUAUAACACCACUCUAAUGCUGGUAAAGAGCAUUGAUCUUUCAUCAAAUAUUUUGGAAGGUGAAAUCCCUCAAGAAAUUGGUGGCCUCACUUUAUUGGGUACCUUGAACUUGUCGAGGAAUCAUUUGACUGGUAACAUCCCCUCGAUUGUUGGAAAUAUGCAUGGGCUCGAAACUCUUGAUCUUUCAAACAACCGUCUUUCAGGACAAAUUCCUCGAAGCCUUGAAUCUUUAACAUUCUUGUCGCACUUGAAUUUGGCUAAUAACAACUUGGUGGGGAGAAUUCCCUUGGGCAGCCAACUCCAAACGUUCACUGAUUCUUCCAUUUAUAUGGGCAAUCCAUCACUUUGUGGCUUUCCUCUUCCAACUAAGUGCCCUGGAGAUGACACUUUGACCAUUACAAAUGCGAAACACAAUAAUGAAGAUGGAAAUGAUAAGAUGUGGUUCUAUGUGGGCAUGGGACUUGGCUUUAUCGUAGGCUUUUGGGGUGUUUUUGGCACAUUACUCGUGAAGAAAUCAUGGAGGUAUGCUUAUUUUCGAUUUUUUGAUGACACCAAAGAUAAAGUAACACUAGCAAUUGAGUUGAAAGUGACUCGUUUGCAAAGAAAGUUUUGUCAUGUUUAG